AUGCAACUGGAAGACGUGUCACAAGGCGGGAUGUCUUCUGAAACUGGUAAUACAAGGGAGGAUGGGACUCCUCCUCCAAAUGGAGAGAUUCGAGACCUAGGAUACCCUACUCCACCACCCACUAAUCGGGCUAGUCCCUCUGGGGGAUCAGGCGAAGAAUUGGAACCAGUCAUCCGUCUCACUUCCGUCAUUACGUACAGCCAUCGACCGUCAGCAGGACCGGGAUCGGGACCCGGCCCUGGACAUCCAGACUCCGUUGGACUAACAGGGGAAUCCGAGUUUUAUCUUUUGGAUGGCGGAGGAGAUAAGGGAGUUUAUCAGUGUUUCCGAGAAGAUAGUGGACCUUGGCAGUGCGAUCCCAAUCAAGACCUCUACCCUCUGUAUCCAACGUUGAGUGAAGCCUCCUUCCCAACUCCUCUCAGUUCUCCCGGAUGCUGCAAUUCCAGCACGCAUUUCCAUUACGGUGCACAUGCCCACGGAAUUACCCCAGAUGAUUCUCAGGAACUCAAGUCCCAUCAUAACCCCUCCUACGAAAAGUAA